AUGAAUUUCAGGAAAUUUGACAAUAUAACAGGAAAGUCUGUUGUUGGAUGCAAGUCUGUCCUGAUUGACAACCAUGUCUUAGUAAUUGUUACCCAGCUCUUUGGCGGCUCCCAUAUUUACAAGUUUGACGAUCGUCAAAACAAGUUCACAAAGUUUCAAACCAUUGAGGUCUUUAACAUUUCCAAGCCAAACGAUAUUGAGGUCUUCCAAAUGGACGGAGACUGGUACUUUGUGAUCGUGGACAGCUCCAAGGCAGGAAUGUCUACUCUGUACAAGUGGACCGACCAACCAGACCGCAAUGAAACGGGUUUCUUCUCCUACCAGUUUCUCCACGAGUGGUUUCGUGAUACAGAUGCUGAGUUUGUCGAAUGGGACGGGAAGUCCUACCUCAUCCUAACCAGCCGCUCUCAGCCACCUGUCAUCUACCUUUGGAACAAGAGCACCCUGAAGUUCAUAUUUCACGGGGAAAUCACAAAUGUUGACGACGUGGUGGCAGUCAAAGCCUUCCGGAUAGACAAGGACUUGUAUCUGGCCAUGACUUGCUACAUCGGUGACUCAAAAGUCCUGAAGUGGACCAACAAGCAGUUCACUGAUGUGCAGGCUCUUCCUUCUCGAGGAGCGAUGAUCCUCCAGCCUUUCAUAAUCUCUGACAAGCAUUACCUUGCUCUGGGCAGCGAUUACUCUUUCACACAAAUCUACCUCUGGGAUGCGGAGACCAAAACCUUCAACAAGUUCAAGGACAUUUAUGUACAGUCGCCCCGCUCAUUUAUAGUACUAACCACCGAGCGGAGGCAUUUCAUCUUCUCCUCCAGCCUCAAGGGCAAAUCUAUGGUUUUUGAGAAUGUAAUGGUAGACUUAAGCUUAUAAACCUUGCAAAGAUAAUGACUAAUCACUUUAUCGGAAUAAUUGUUCCAUAAACGCUAAAAAGCAGUCUCAAAUGCUGUAUAUUGAUGAAACAUUAUGUAACAUUAUAACAUCUUUGCCAGGUUCCUGUAACUCAUAUGACUUUCUAGCAAUUCUGGAGGUACGUUAGGUCCUCAGUAAACAUUAACUAAGGGCAUUAAAGAUGGCCUUUCAACUUUUGAAAUGAAACCAGCAUGAAGAUAUUGUUGUGGCAAACUACAUAUUAUGUUAAAAGGUGUCUAUUAUGGGCAUAGCUUUAGUUUGGCCACCCCA